CCGUCGAGCGCGCGAACGUUGGAAACGGUCCGAGAAUCGUCAACAAGUGGGGUUCAUAUACUACCCGAUUAUAGUAUAGUGGGUUCGAGUCGAGUUUACCCUUAAACAGUGGAUCGUUUUAUUUGUGGAAGUGAAUUGAGGUACCAACAACAACAUGUAGCGCCAUGUGACUUUGAGUUUAAACUUUAAAUUAAGUACAAAAUAAAAUGUGAGUGAAUGUAGUUUGAAGUGUAGAAACGCGACGAUGAUUGCAGACAGUUGAUAGCGAAGGAAGUUGGAAGCUCCAAGAUGAUGGGAAGGUACGAUGGGCGGGUGUUGUCCAUCGUCUUCAGUACUCUGCUGCUGGGACGGGCCAUUGCAGCUCGUGGACACACGGAAGUCAGGGUAGAGCUGCAGAUGGAGCGGUGGGCGGCGCGCGGCGGCUCCGUCAGGCUUCGCUGCGUGCACGAUGUACCGCCACAUUUGCUGGACAAAGUCGUCUUCCUCCGCCACGGCACCAAGAUCUUUCAGUACAUAAGGGACCGAAAACCGCCUUACAGGAACUUCACUACACCCGGGGCAGUGCUCAAAAUAGCUCUAGCGACUGAGAACUCCAUAAUCCUUCAGAACCUGGACUUCGCAGCCAGCGGUAGCUACUCCUGCGAAGUGUCACUUGACACUCCUAUCUACACUAAGGCAUCUAGCGAGAAACAGCUCACUGUUUUCCACCCGCAAAAACAUCACCCGCGUAUCGACUUCCCCACUCGCUAUCUAAGUUUCGGCGAAACGUUGAAAACCAACUGCACGACCGCGCCUGCGCUACCGGCUCCGCACAUCACAUGGUUUAUAAAUGGGAAAAAGAUGGAUGAACUGUUAGCACAUUCGCAUAAGUUUCGCGUGCCUAUGAGUGAGCGUAACGGGCGGAGAGGUCUACAGCGAGUCCUGGAGCAGGAGUCCUAUCACAGCACCGACACUCCCAUCCUCGCCCUCACUCAUGUCUCACACGUAGCCACUAGACCACCUGGUUGCAUGCUCAAGGAACCAUUCUACCAGGCGGAGUCAUUGUCAGAUCUAGAAGAAACUAACAUGGUACAGGGAGUCAGCCGUCAUAGAAGUCGAAGGCCGAACAGAGGCCGCGAACUCUACGUAACAAUAUCAGAACUACAGCUGGUCGCCACGGGCAGGCUUGAAGUUACCUGCGUCAGCACCAUACCAGAAUUCAGGAGCAUUGAGGACAAGUUCGCCGAUGUCAGAAACGAUACUGUUAUUGUGGACGUUAUAAGGCCCUCCAUCCACGCAGAGCCUUCGACCAAUAUUACCACAACAGGCUCGAACACAUCGAAAGGCAGCAUAGCAUUAUCACCCUUAAUUUUAGACCUUAUAAUCAUUUACUUGCAUAUAAUUUGAUAGCAAGUCUUGCCAUAUUUUUAUUAAACGGGGCUGUGAUAAUAAUAUCUUUACACUAUCUCUAGGGGUCUUACAAAGUGAUGCGUGUCAACUGUCAACUGUCAACAUCGACGA